ACAGGCCUGCGAGGGGCGGCGCUCACCGGUUCCUGUACACACAGCAGCCCGGAGCUGCCCAGCAAACAUGAUGCGUAGUAAGGCGGAGGUGGAGCGGUAUAUUGCUUCGUUGCAGGGCGCCAAGCCGCUCUCGCCCCGUGAGAAAUCACUCAAAGGAUUUUUGUUUGCAAAGCUCUACUAUGAAGCCAAAGAAUAUGAACUUGCAAAGAGGGAGGUGUCUGCAUACAUAAAAGUACAGGAAAGGGAUCCAAAAGCACACAAGCUGCUUGGUCAGAUUUAUGAAUCUGAAGGUGACAUUGAAAAAGCCAUUGGUUGUUACAAGCGAGUUAUUGAACUGAACCCAGUACAGAAGGAUAUUAUCCUGAAAGUGGCCGAUUUGCUCUGUAAUAAUGGAAACCUGAUUGAUGGAAGAGCUGAAUAUUGGCUGGAGAGGGCAGCCAAGCAUUUUCCCGGUAAUAGGAUUGUUUAUAAACUGAAGGAAAAGCUGCUGAGCUCAAAGGGACAGUUGGACCAUUCUCAACUGUUUGAUCUUAUUCAGUCUGAACUGCAUUCUAGACCAGAUGAUCCACUUGCUAAUAUACGCUUGGUGGAAUUCUACUGUUCCUUUGGGAAGCUUGAAGAAGCAGUGAAUUUCUGCAUGAAUACAGAGAAGAGAAGAACUCUUUCCAGGAGUCUGGAAUGGAACACCUGUCUGGUACAAACAUUAAAGAGAUGUCUUGGUUCAUCAAAUGUAUCGGGAACUGAUAAAAAUAGAUGGCGAUCAAUGCAAAGGGAGUUGCUCCUGGCUUCCUCUAAUCUUAUGUUUUUGACAUUAUCAAACAGAGACAUCCAAGAUGCUGUAGAUGCUCUAAUGAGUCUUGAUCAUACAAUGCAUAUCACAAAAUCGUAUAUUACCACAACUAUGGAUGAUCUUUCUGCUGCUUUCAUUGAAAUAAGAGGACAUCUCUAUUUGCAUGCUGGAACAUUACUUCUAAAGAUGGCUCAACAGAAUGAGAUCCAGUGGAAAGCAGUUGUAGAUCUUGCUGCACUGUGUUAUCUGAUUGCUUAUCAGGUUCCAAGACCCAAGAUAAAAUCUGUGAAGGCACAAGAGACGAACAAGGAAUUGCUAAGCUGGUUAGCAUCAGACAGACAAAGUCAAUCAGGUCACAUGUUAAUUAACUUGAUGCUUGGGAAACCUGACUAUCACAAAGAAGUAGUGGAGACCUUUGCAAAUAAAAGUGGCCAAAUUGCAUUGAUUGAAACAUUGUUUGGAAGUCUAACUUAUGAAAGGUCUUUUCUAGCCAAUGAUGACAUCAGAGAUGUUACAGGAAUGCAACCAGACAUGAACGAUCUUAUAAAAUGGGAUGACGGUUGUGUUAGGUUGCAUGGUGGAAAUUUGCAGCACCUUGUCUGGCUUGGCUUGCAGCAGUUUGCAAUGGCUCAAUUGCCUGUGGUCCGGAAUUGGUUAAAGCACUUAUUUCCUAGAUUGCCCCAGGAAACAUCACGGCUUGACACAAAUGCUCCUGAGACUAUUUGCCUUUUGGAUCUUGAGGUUUUUCUUCUUGGAGUGAUAUAUUCAAGUCACACACAGUUACAAGAUAAAUCAGCUCAUCACUACAGUUUACACCAACCAAAGUACUUGCCACUAUCAAUCAGUAAACUACUCUAUACAGAGCGACAAAGAGCCUGGUGGGAUGCUGUUUACAACCUUAUCUACAAAAGAGCACAACCAGGUACAUCAGUUAAGUUAAGACUUGUAAUACAGCAUGAGCUUGGUACCUUAAGGGCAUUAGAAAAACAUGGACUUCAGCCUGCCCUGAUCAUACACUGGGCACGAAGCUUGGUCAGCAUUGGAAAUCAAUUAAAUUCGUAUUAUGACCAGAAGGAAUACAUUGGACGGGGUGUCUUCUACUGGAAGAAAGUUCAGCCAUUACUACAGAUAAUCAGAAAGAAAAAGAAUGUUCACGAACCUAUUGAUCCAUUGUUUAUGCACUUCCAUAGUAAGGAAAUUAAGGUUGAUGAAGUUAAAGAUUUUGAAAGGGAAGCGGAAAUUGCUUUUGCCACACUUAAUGUAGUUGAUGGAAAAAUUGAUGAGGCAAUUGCUGCUUUUGAAUCCAUCAAUAAUAUUGCUGCACAUUGGAAUCUUGCUUUGAUAUUCCACCGAAGGUCUGAAGAGUAUGAAAAUGGUGAUGGGAUGACACCCGAUGAACAAGAAGAAUGUAAAAUUUGUUUACUUCGCAGCAGAGCAUAUCUAAAGAAAGUCCUGAACGAAACUGAAAGUAACAUGAAGGCUGUUGACAGUUUGCCUGUACCUAUAGAUGCAGUAAAAGAAAUGCUGGAAUUGGUAAGUCAGCAUCUUCAAGAAUAUAAUGAUGAGCUUGACCAUGGUGAAGAAAUAAAUGAAUUUUCCCAGAUAGCUGAAAAUGGCACUUCUCCAGAGUUGAUACCAGUAAAACAAACUACCCUAUCUCCAAUAAAGCUUAGUCCAUCGCCAACCAAAAGUUACAAGUGGUCUCCAAAGACCCCUCCACGCUGGGCUGAAGAUCAAAAACAUUUGCUGCAGAUGCUUUGCCAACAAGUGGAACAACUGAAGGGUGAAGUCCAUGAGCUGAAGAUGAAUAACUCAAGUACAACAGAAUCCCCACGUCCCCAGUGGCAAGCAGAUAGUUAUGAUUCCCGUACAGAAAAUUAUCAAGGAGUACAAAGUUUUCAGGGGGCACCUUUAACAGUUGCUACCUCAGGAUCAACCGUGUUCUACAAUCAAUCUCCAGCGUACAAUUCCCAAUAUCUUCUUAGAGCAGCAACCAACGUGGCUCCAACCAAGCAGCCUCCUACAUAUGGAAUUGGUCGGAUUCCACCACAACAGUCUGUGUAUGGAUAUCAGCAGCAAGCUCAUACACCACCUAUUCAAACCAAUUCAGCGUGUAUUUAUUCACAGGAUAUGUAUGGGCCACAGUUGCGUUUUGAAUCUCCUGCAACUGGAUUGCUUUCACCAUUUGGUGAAGACUACUACAAUCAUGGUGUUCCACAAACAAGCACAAACCCACCUUUGCCAGAGCCUGGUUACUUCACCAAGCCACCUGCAGGAGUGCAACUAAUGAAGCCUACAGAAACUAAGGGACGGCUUGGAACACCUAAUCAACAAAUGCAAAAUGAAGCUACAAAGAAUUCAUUGGUUACUGGACUAUUGCACUCGACACCAGCAACAACGUUUAAAUUCAACUCUAAUUUCAAGAAUAAUGAGGGAGAUUUUACGUUCUCAUCGCCACAGAUGAAAGCCCAGACACCGCCUUCAUCUGCCAGUGAUAGUCUCCUCGGAAUUUUAACUGCAGGCAGAUGCAUAAAAAAUGAUCUGAUUCUAGGUCAAAUGUCUCAACAAGGAAUGCACAGUCGAGGGAGCUCCUUUUCGCAGGGAGAGCAGCACUCCUUUAAUGACUUUUCCACUCAAAAGCAAAAUAAGAAUACGUUCAAUGUAUUGAGUAACCAGGGGGUAUUUUGUUUCAAGGAUACUGGCAAGCCAGCAACAUCUGGAAAUCAUGCAGAAGACAAAGAUGGUGAAAGUGAUCACGACAGUGUUCCCGAUGAAGAAGAUGGGCCACACUUUGACCCAGUUGUACCACUUCCUGACAAAGUAGAUGUAAAAACUGGAGAAGAGGAUGAGGAACUACUGUUUUCCAACAGAGCUAAACUCUUCCGUUUUGACACGGAGACCAGAGAAUGGAAGGAACGAGGCAUUGGGCACAUAAAACUAUUACAACACAGGACAUCUAGCAAAAUCCGGCUCCUAAUGAGACGAGAUCAGGUUCUUAAGAUCUGUGCAAAUCAUUAUAUAACAGCUGAUAUGAAGUUGAAACCAAAUGCAGGGUCUGAUAAAUCAUGGGUCUGGUGUGCCUUGGAUUAUUCUGAUGAAAAGCCAGUACUUGAGCAACUUGCUGUUCGUUUUAAAACAGCAGAUGAGGCUGCAUUGUUCAAAACCAAAUUUGAAGAAGCACAAAACUUGGUUAAAGGUCAGGAAUUAAAACCAAGUAGUGUAUUUGGUCAAGAACAGAAAAUGGGAAUCAAAUUGAAGUCUGAUGAGGUGAACUUGGGUACUGUUAAGUCUACUGAAGAUUCUGGAUUUGGUGCUCAGUUCUUCAAGAAAUACGGUGAAUGGGAUUGUAACUCGUGUCUUGUACGAAACACUGCUUCAGCUUCUGUAUGUGUAUCCUGUCAAAACCCUAAUACCACUAAUAAAAAACAAGGCUUGCCCUUUACUUCACAAACCUUAGUGCAAAAUGGAAAUGCAGUUGAAGGACCAGAGAAGAUUACAGCUUUUACCAAACCAAUAGGAUUUGGUGACAAAUUUCCUAAUAAUGAUGCAAAAUCUGCAACCUUUCAGGCACCCAAACCUAAUGGCAAAUUUCCUAUUACUUCAUUUGGCCAGUCAGCCUUCAGUGAGAGAACAUCUACUUUGACACAAGAUACUUUACAAGGAAUACUUGCCAGAAAAGAAGGACAGUGGGAUUGUGGCAGUUGCCUUGUGAGAAAUGAUGCAGAAGUGACAAACUGCCUUGCCUGUCAUACACCCAAACCUAGUGCCAAGGUUCCGGUUGUUACUUCAAUUGGCCAGUCAGCCUUCAGUGAAAGAUUAUGUACGUCAACGCAGGGAGCAUUUGAAGGAAAAUUUUCUAAAAAGGAAGGACAGUGGGAUUGUGGCACUUGUCUUGUGAGAAAUGAUGCAGAAGUGACCAAUUGUAUUGCCUGUCAGGCACCCAACUCAAACAAUAAAAUGGCAGGAAUUUCAACAGCUGCUACUACCCCAUUGGUUAUUGGCAGUGUUUACCCCAAAUCAGAUGCACCUGAAUCGGGAUUUAAACUUAACUUUCCUGCAAAUGGUGUUAAAUUUGGUCAUGGUGACAUUAACAAUACUGCAGGCUUCAAGAUUGAGCCAUCAUCUCAGUCUUCAAGACCAUUUUCCAGUCCUGCAUUUACAUUUUCUUCAUCUAGGUCAGGUGGUAGCUUCACAUUUGGGUUGCCAGAUACAUGCAAAGGUUCUACUGAUAAAGGUAGUCAGCAAGGAUCAGCUGCACUCUUUUUAAAAGCCUUUGCUGAGCAAAAAGAGAGGGAAAGAAUUGCUUCACAAUCCGACAGAGACCAAGUUCCAGCCUCUGAUAAUUCAAGCCAAAGUCAAGAUUUUAUUCUAGGUAAAGAUAUGAAUGUCUCCACCUUUGCUGAUCUAGCAAAGACUGCAGAUAAAGGAUUUCAAUUUGGCUAUAAAGAUCCUCAUUUCAAAGGUUUUGAAGGAGUUGGUCAGCAGCUGUUUUCAACAAGCAUUACAAGGGCUGCUUCUGCUGAUGACGAUGAUGAUGAACUGUACAAAACUGAAGAUGGAGAUAAUAUUCAUUUUGACCCUGUGGUUCUUAUGCCUGAAAAAGUAGAUCUUAUUACUGGUGAAGAAGAUGAAACAGUACUUUAUUCACAGAGGGUUAAGUUAUUUAGGUUUGAUACAGAAAGCAGUCAGUGGAAAGAGCGUGGUGUUGGCAACCUCAAAGUUCUCCAAAACAAAGCCAAUGGCCGGCUGCGGAUAUUAAUGCGUCGAGAGCAAGUUUUCAAAGUGUGCGCAAAUCACUGGAUCACUACUACUAUGAAUCUCAAACCCUUAAUGGGUUCUGAUAGGGCAUGGAUGUGGUUGGCUAGUGACUUUUCAGAUGGUGAGGCAAAGCCAGAGCAGCUAGCAGCAAAGUUCAAGACUCCUGAGUUAGCUGAAGAGUUUAAGGAAAAAUUUGAAGAAUUCCAGAGGUUGCUGUUAGAUAUACCACUACAGACACCUCAUAAACUAUUAGACAAUGGCAAGACUGCUCGACUAAUACAAAAAGCCGAGGAAAUGAAAAGUGGCUUAAAAGACCUGAAACACUUUUUGAAAGAUGAAAAAGGAAGCUUGAAAGAUGAAGGGAAUGUAUUGAUGGGUUCUAUAUCUGAAAGCAACAGUACCUCUGGCUUAGUAAUUAAACCACAUUCUGAAAGUACUGGACCUACUUUGGAGUGGGAUAAUUAUGAUCUACGUGAAGAAGCUUUGGAUACAAGUGUAUCUAGCACUGGGUAUGGGUCUCCUGACACUGGCAGUCCCGUGAGGAAAAAUCUUUUCCGUUUUGGUGAUUCAGCAUCUGGUUUUAACUUUAAUUUCCAGCCAAGCUUAAGUCCAUUAAAAUCUCCUAAAUUGAACCAGAGUGGGUUGUCUGUGGGUACAGAUGAAGAUUCAGAAUUUGGGCAAGAGGAGGAAAAAGAUGUACAGCAUUUUGAACCAGUUAUUCCAUUGCCUGAUUUGAUUGAUGUAUCAACAGGGGAGGAAAAUGAGCAAGUUAUCUUUUGUCACAGAGCUAAACUUUACCGUUAUGAUAAAGAAGUAGGUCAGUGGAAAGAAAGAGGAAUAGGGGACCUGAAAAUUUUACAAAAUUAUGAUUCCAAAAAAGUUCGAAUAGUUAUGAGAAGGGAUCAGGUGUUGAAAAUUUGUGCCAAUCACUGGCUGACACCAGAUGUAAAAAUGGAACCCAUGAAAGGAACUGAAAAAGCCUUCAUUUGGAGUGUAAUGGAUUUUGCAGAUGAUGUGGCAAAAGUGGAACAGUUGGCUGUACGUUUUAAGCAGCAAGAGGUUGCUAGCUCUUUCAGAGAGCUCUUCGAAGAAGCUAAGAAGGCUCAAGAACAAGGAACUUUAGUUACACCAUUAUCUUCAAGGGAAACUACCCCAAGGGAAUCUCCUUGUUGUAAGAUUUCAGUGUCAAUGCUGGAGGAGACUGUUAAGGAAACAGCAGAACAAACAAAUACUAGUGUUUCAACUCCAAAUAGUGCAGUCAAGUCAGCAAGUACUAGCUUGACAGAAGCACCUCCAGUAAAAUUUGUAUUUGGAUGCGACUCUAUGAAAUCUAUUUUCAGCAAAGAGAAAGAAAGGCCUUUCACAUUUGGUAAUUCAGCAACUGGAUCCUUGUUUGGUUUCAGUUUUCAAAGUACAGAUUCGGUGUUAAAAGACCAAGUACAAAGUGACUCCUCUGCUGUUAAGAAUAAACUACAGGACAUUACUAGUGGUGGAUUUGAUUUUCGUAAAGCAGCUGCAUCUCUCUCAAAGUCUUCAAUGGCCAGCUUGUUGUCUUCAAACUCAACAGAAUGUUUGGAAACUGCUUUUGCAACUGGGGAUAAAUCCAAACAAACUACAUUUAAUAGACCACAAACUGUUGAAGAUGAAGAAGUACAAAUUAUUUUUGUAUUGACACCCACACCUGAACAAGAAGCUCUUGCAAAAGAACUGAAACUUCCUCUAACGUUUUUUUGCUACAAGAACAAACCUGGCUAUGUUAGUGAUGAUGAAGAAGAUGAUGAAGACUAUGAAGCUGCAGUUAAAAAGCUCAAUGGAAAACUGUAUCUGGAUAAGCCUCAAAAGCAAAAGUCAGCUAUCGCAGGCGGAAGCUUGGGAACUAACAGAAAACUGGAUCCGGAUGAGCCAAGGGAGCAAUUGGAUUCUCUUGGUCCAGAAGGUGUGUCUGCAGCAGCUGAUAGAAGUCUUUGUGAAAAUCCGUACCCAGAUCAGCAUAGUGAAUGGUUCCAUCAGGAUACACCUCAGCAACAAAUCUCCACUGAAGCAGGCGCUUCCUUGGAAACCACUGAUAUCAAGUUAUGUGUUGAUAACAAAAAGAAGUCCAGUACAAUAGACUCCAGUGGGGAUAAUCUGGUAGAAGAUGGUGAGAAAGACUGUAUCGUUGUCUGGGAGAAGUUGCCAACCCCUGAAGAGAGGAUGAAAGCUGAAAAAUUGUUGCUACCUUCUACCUUCUUUUGUGGUCUAAGCAGUGAUACAGAAGGAGAGAAGGAAGAUGAUGACUUUGAGACUGAAAUUAGAAAAAUCAGGGAAUCUCAGGUAACGCAAGAAGGGCUCCUCAGCAUUUCCACUGAUGUAGUUUCCACAGUGCAGUUGAAUAAACAGACAAUGGCUACACCAGCUGUUGCUUCAGUGACUGAACCAGACUCCACAACACAUUUCGUACUGAAGGCAGAAUUUCCAGCAUCAGAUGAUGCACCCAUUGAUUUAUCAACUAAGAAAGAAAUGGAACCUGAUUCUACCACUCAGGAGAAUGGCAUAUUUGCAUUUGACUCUACAGGAUUUUCUUUCGCAGAUUUGGCUGCAAAGAAUAAAACUUACACAUUUGCACAGAAAGAAACCAAUUUUGUAUGGGAAAAUGCAGGAAUUCCGGUUUUUAAUUCGAUGGUGACUCGAACUCCAGGCGAUGUUGAAGAUGAUGGUGCUGAUGUGGUAUCUAGUGAAGAUAUCCACUUUGAACCAAUAGUUUCUUUACCUGAGGUUGAAACAAAAUCUGGUGAAGAGGAUGAGGAAAUUAUAUUUAAAGAAAGAUGUAAACUGUAUCGAUGGGACAGAGACAUUUCUCAGUGGAAAGAGCGAGGUGUUGGAGAUCUAAAAAUUCUGUACCACUCUCAAAAGCAAUGUUACCGUAUUCUUAUGAGGAGAGAACAGGUCCUGAAGGUCUGUGCAAAUCAUGUUAUUACUGAUGAAAUGGAACUCAAAUUAAUGAUUGCAUCAAGUAAUGCACAUGUUUGGACUGCAGUAGAUUACACUGAUGGUGAAGCAAAAAUAGAACAAUUUGCUGUCCGAUUCAAAACUCCAGAGUUGGCUGCGGUUUACAAGAGGAAAUUUGAAGAAUGUCAAAAAGCACUAAUACAGCUCCAAAAAUCUGAAGAAUCCCAAGUUAUGUCCCAAUCAGAUAGCAAUAAUCCUGUUGUUUACUUUGAUGUAUCGGCUGGUGAGGAGAUCUUGGGACGAAUUACCAUGGAGCUGCUAGCAAAUAAGGUUCCACGGACAGCUGAAAACUUCAGAGCACUCUGCACUGGGGAGAAGGGUUUUGGGUUUAAAAAAUCGAUAUUCCACAGGGUCAUUCCAGGAUUUGUUUGCCAGGGUGGUGAUAUCACUAAAUGCAAUGGAUCUGGUGGAAAAUCCAUUUAUGGUGGUAAAUUUGAAGAUGAAAACUUUAUUUUGCGACACACCUGCCCUGGUUUGUUGUCCAUGGCAAAUACUGGCCCCAACACCAAUACAUCGCAGUUCUUCAUCACGCUGAAAGAAGCCCCGCAUUUAGAUUUGAAACACGUAGUUUUUGGCUAUGUAAAAGAAGGCAUGGAUGUGGUGAAAUUAAUUGAAACGUUUGGUUCAAAAGAUGGCCACACAAGUAACACCAUUACGAUAACUGAUUGUGGACAAAUCUUAAACAGAAUACUGGCUUCUCCUCAUGGUCAUGCACACUAUGUAAAAAUCUUACAUUAAGGAUUCGGAAUGGUGUAAUACUGGAUAUUGCCAUGGUGCGAAACUGUACUGGUCUAAACUUUGGAUGUCAAUUUUUUGUUGAUAUUGCAUGUUUCAGAAUAAAAGUUUUGACAAACGUUAACAAGCAGUGGCAUCUAUCUUAAACGUACACAUGGUUUUGUGACGUUUACAGAGUUGAACUCUAAGAGGAGCAGUGUCUCUUUUUAAACCUGCCAAUUGAUGUGGAGAAACUAUUGUCAUAGUUACAUUUGGAACUUUAUCAUUUGAGAAUUAUUGAGAUGCAACUUAGUAAUUGCAUUCCAGCACUAUAAGUGGAAAGUGGCAGGCAGAAUUGGAUGAUUUUAUUUUUCCCUUGGUUUUGCAUAAUUUGGUGUUCAGAUUAGUGCAACAUUUAUACCAGGUGAUUUUUCAAUUCCACUCCUAGAAUGGGGUUAAAUUUUCUGAUGAUAAUUUACUGUCUUGUGAAGAAUUAAGUUCUGCUGUCAACAUUGCAAAUACUGAAAUAGAUUGACAUUGUUGUAAAAUGUAAACUUUUUUUAACAGAUUCUCUAGUAUUUGCUAAUGUUUGUGAUUGGCUCUGUAAUUUUAAAUUGACAAAUUUAAAUUGUUUAAAAUCCAUAAGUUUAUACAUUUAUAAUAAAGGAGCAAUUCUGUAUCUAAGCAAUUUUUUAGGUUCAAAUUCAUGCAGAUUUCAAGUGGAGGUGUAUACAAACUUACAUU